GGGAUUAAUAUGUAGGAAUCAAAGAUCUCGUGUUUCCACGAAAGCCUUGGCGCGUGCGAGCAGCUUGUCGGCAUUCCCAUCCCUCUGUCGUACACACGGCUAACGUCAAGGUUUUUGGUCCUUUGGCAUCUCACGCUCCCCGUUAUACUAUGGGAUGAGUGCCACUGGAUGGUGAUCCCUGCUACUUUCAUCAGUGCCGCUUCUCUAUUUUGCAUUGAAGAGGUUGGUGUUCUCAUCGAAGAGCCAUUUCCAAUGCUUGCACUGGAUGAGCUGUGCAAUGCACUUCACGAAAGCAUCCGCGAAGCCAUGGCUAACGAGAAAGCAAUUCAAGAAAACAUCGGUGCCAAACGAAAGGCACGUUUUACGUCAAGAAAUGGAUGCUCGGACUCUCUUAACUGAACUAUAUUGUAAAUAAAGAAGAAAAGAAUGUAGAUUAGUUAGAUUUGUAAUUAUAGUUCAGCCAAAUUUAUAGUUUG